CUCUGGAGAUGGUUAAAACUUGGAACUUGAAAUGGAUAUUGGAAAGUUGUAGUCCAGCAGACGAUACAAAUUACAAAAUGACAUUUGUUUUGUUGUUCUUGACUUGUUUGUUGUUAAAAAUUUAAUUAAUUUGUUGAUGUUCAAGCGCUGUUCAAAGUUAGGUACAAUAUCGGACUUGGUUAUGAUUUUAAAGCUUAUUCGGUAUGAGCUAAAAAUUUAAAUUACAGAGCUGUAAAAUGGGAAUAGAAAGUCUAUCAAUAGAAUUAGACAAUUCUGAUGGAAUUUAUUUUCCUGGACAAGAAGUAUCUGGAGUAGUUCACAUCUCAAAUCUCAGUAGCAAAAUACUAAAAGGAAUUUACCUGGAGUGCCAAGGUUAUGCUAAAUUUUGUUUCAAUGAAUUGAGUAGUGAAACUUACUAUUCAAGUGAAGAAACCUACCUUGAUUUGAAAAUCCCCCUUAUCACAAAUGAAGAAAGAGAAAGAUUUGAGCUGGUUAGUGGCAUUCACCAAUUUCCAUUCUCCUUCAUUCUUCCAACAAAAAUUCCUUCUUCAUUUCAAACAGAAAUGUUAGCAAAAUUUGGCUAUGGUCACGUCAGAUACUCAAUCAAGGUUGUUUUAAAGAGAUCAUCUCGCCAAAUUAAUAGUGAAACUUGCCGCAUUCCGUUUACAGGUGUUUUGAAGCCUUCUUGGAAACCAAAUUAUGAGUAUGUGAUUUCUUUCACAGUCAGAACAAUUGUUGAUUUGAAUGCAAUCCCUAAAGCAGCAAUGCCGACACAGUCCAUCAAAGCUAAACCCGUUUUCCGUUGGCUAUGUUGUCGAUCUGGUCUCAUAACAGUUAAAGUCUACUUACACAGAACGGGCUACGUUGCAGGCGAAACCAUUUUAUUACAUGCAGAUGUCGACAACCAAAGUCAGACAACAUUGCUUGGUUCAACAGUUUCCCUUAUUGAGAGCGUUGAUUUUCAUACUCAUAACAAAUCUAAAACCUACGAACGCGUUUUGUUUGAACAAAAACGUAGAGGAAGUGAGUUUCAGGAUGCACUGCAAGUGUUUCCCAUCGUCGUUCCAUCAGUAACGCCGUCUUACUUGCAAUUUUGCGAAAUCAUUGACAUUUCUUACAAAGUUGAGUUCCGACUAGUCGAUUCUGAAGCGCUGGCUUCUAAACUAGUGGUCCCCUUAGACAUAUUGAUUGGAAAUGUCCCUCUUCGCCAGCAAAUGAAUCCAACAUACAAUUCUGUUGCAGAGACUUAUCAGUGAUGUGCCGAUAAUUUCAUCACCACGAUGAGUUUUUACCUUUGAUCUCUAAGUAUUGAUCUCGAAAGAGAAUAAGUCUCAUUCAUUAUUUUCUAAAUGUGUUCACAAUCUUCAUUUAAAAAAUUAAAUUUUACGAAAAAAAUAUUUUUAUUGCUGUUUUAAUGUACACGCAAUUACGCUUUUGUUUUCCAUCGAAAGAUAUAUAUAAAAUGACACUUA